GCACGACCAGGACCAUGAAUCUCUUUCCGUAAUAGUACCUCUAGGAUGCUAGAGAACGACACGAGUGUUAAACCUUUUACUCGAAAACGCAAAGAAGAUAUCAUGUGUAGCUUCAUCCUACGUUACUAGCAAGAAUAUCAAUUUCUAGUCGACAAUUAUUUGUCUAGAGGUACCAAGCGAUUUGACUUGAUGACUUGAGCUGUUGAAAUAGACCUGAAAGCCUUAGUAUUGAAAAAUAGUCAACAAGAUGGGUAAAAAUCAGAAGAACAAGAAUGUGCGUCAUUUCCGCCUUGUGCAGCGUCCCACGGUCGGUGACGAGGACGCUGACGCACAGAAGAACUUCUUGCAGCCGUUCUUGCCCGUCAACGAGAUGCGACGAGGAGAGCGUGGGCGCCGAGACGGCGAAGAACGCGUUACUGGGGUGAAGCGCACAGGAGCAGCACUCGAGGAAGAAGAAGCUCGCAACGAAGAAAAGCUUUACAAGCCUUUAAAAGGGAUGGACUCAGACCAAGCGAAGAAAGUAUUCGGCUUGGAUUUUUACGACGAUGACGAAGAAGAGGACAGUGAAGAGGAAGAAGACAGUGAGAGCUGUGAGGAAGAUGAAGAUGAUUCUGAGGUCUGUUCCGACGACGACGGUGGAAAAGCUAAAAGUAUUUUUUCAACUGCGACCGGCGGAACCACUACAGCUGGAAAUAAGAAGAGUAAGAAGGCAUCUUCCACUUUUCUUGAGGAGCGACUUGAUGACGAGGAUGAGCACUAUUUUCCCGAUGAUGGCUACGAUUACUCGAAGCACUUGCGCGUCAUCAAUGACCGAAACCUGCAUAAGGCACAGCCCAUGAUAACGCGUCCCACUGCUCACACAGGAAAAGAACAUCUUAAUUCAGGAGUUGUUCCAGGAGCAGCUUCGAGUUCAUCAUCAUCUGCUGCAGCUGCUAUUGAUCCUGCUCUAGCGAGCGGAAUUCAGAAGGCGUCGAUCGUGUGUGAGGGUAUGCAUGCACCAGUGGAGGCAGUGAGAGAACAAUUGAAACGGAUAGAGGAGGAGGAAGCUACCGGAGGAAAAAUCGACAUUCUGAAAUUGGAUGCAGAGGGAACCGAAAAACCCAAAAUGCCGACUAAACCGAUUGUCUUUCGAGAUGCUUUUGACUCGCGUGUUGCUGGCGAAGAACAGGUAGAAAUCUGUUUUAUUUUUAAGUUCUUUGACUUUAAUAUUUUUUACCAUCGGAUUCGGAAGUACAAGUAGAGAGCAGGUUCAAGUUCUUGAAAUGGAAUAUAUGCCAUCUUUACGUAUGGUUACAAGAACUAUUUUUUCCGAUUGUUUAUUUCAUGGUGGUCUUCUUGCUAGGUUGUAAGUUAUCUUUUGUAAGUUACCUAAGGCUGAGGUAACAUUAAUCUAUUCCAACUCCUCUACAACUUCUAUGACUACUACAGCUUCCCGCCGACAUUCUUGCUGCCUUGGAUGCUGAUUACGACGAAUUGCCAGAGGAAUGUGAGGGAGACGCUUUUGCUGAGUGGAACGACCUGUACAAGAUCGCUGGUGGCGUUGAGGACAAGGACGUGGCUGUGUGGGGUACUGAGGGCGCCGAACUCGCUAAAUUGGAACGCAUGAAGCGUGGUGUCGGAAUUUUGGACGGAGGCAAAAUUUUCGGGGAUAUUCUAGAAGAAGGCGACGAAUUUGAGGAGGACAGUGAUCCUGAUGCUGAAGACAGUGAUGAAGACAGUGAUGAAGAGGAAGAAGACGAUGAAGACUUCGAUGAAGAUCAAGAAGAUCAUAGUGAUACAGAAGCAGCACUGUUUGCUGAGGUUGAUCAAUUAGCAGCUGGUCGUGGUGCUGACUACAAUGUUGGUACUAAUGAGGUACCAGAAAACUUGCAAGAGUAUCGUCUACGACAGAUGUUGGAAGACGACUAUGACGAUGACGCCAUUGGCGAAUUGAAUCCACAGACGAUCGAAGAUCGCGAAUGUGGCAGAAACAAAUUCACAACGACGAAAGAUGGCAUGGACGACCGCUUGGAUGCCAUCUUAGACGAGUUCUUGUCCGAAAAAUCAAAAGUGAAAGGGCAGUUCUGGCAUGAAGGCGGGGAAGCAGUUUAUAAACAGCCUGCAGCCACUUCUUCGGAUCGACAAGGUGGACUAGCCGCUGGGGCAGCGGGAUCCUCAUCUUCAAGUUCCACUAGUGGACAACCACAAGCAUCUUCAACAUCAAGUCCCACAGAAAAGCAAGGAACCUGGCAAGCACCUAAAUUGAAUGCUAGACAUCGUAAAUUCGUGUGGGGCAUUGGUGAAAAGCCAGAGGAAAAGGGCAUUCGAGACUCCAAGGACAGUGCGCGAAUGAAGAUGAGUAACGGAAAAACGCGACUUGGACCAGGUUUGCUUGACUGCGAAGAAGACUUUCUCGAUGAAGCGCAAACACGAGGUGAAGAUGAUGAAGGAACGACUGCUUGUGCUUCUGACAACACGACAAAAGCAGAACCUAGUACUGCGGAACAGGAUGGGGAAGAAACAACUGCAUCUUCUUUAGUUCAUCCUGAGAAGAUUGACGUUCGAGAUGCAGUUUUGGCAAGGGUUGGGCAGAUGGCUUUGGAGGAAAAAGAUGAACCCGAAACCGCUGAUGAGACCAAUCGCAAAGUUCUCAAACUCCUCGGUUACAGGGAAAAGACUGGCGUCGAAUUCGAUUGCGAGACGAUUCUCUCAACGAGGUCGAACCUAAGCAAUCAUCCAGGCAAGAUUUUACUGCCAUCUUCCAGAAAGGAUAGGAAAAAGAUGAAGAACAUGAAGGGAGGGGCACCAGGAGCUGCCACCGGCGGAGGUGUAGGAAGUGGACUGCUGACCAUCACAGAAGAGGACUUUGAAGAUUCAGACGAAGAAGAUUCAGACGAAGCAGAGACUACCGCUUCCACGAUUGCGGAAGACGAUGACGAAGAUGGAGCAGCUGUCGUUAUCCCAGAAAUUCCAGAGAGGGUGAAGGGAGAAUCGAAAGAGCAAAAGAAGGAGAGAAAGGCAGCCGUGAAAGCAGCGAGACGAAUCUGUAGGCAAGCUAAGAAGGAGAAUACAGCGCUGUUUGCGGCGGAAGCAUCAAGGCAGAAACGUGAGAAACGAACGGGAACGACAGGCGACGUCAAACAGGGCGCAAGAAUUUUCGCUCUGUAAACGGACUUGUCAAUGUUGAACAAAUGUUACGAGCACUACAUGAUUGGUACAACUAUGUGCAUCUGACCACUCCCCAAGAGAUUCAAAAAUGUCGUUGCAAUACUAAUUUCUUGUUUCAGGUAGACCCAGCACUCUAGUAUAACUCCACAUUGAAGAAGUUGUAACC